GUAUCAGCUUGUUCCUCCUCCCUUUUCAUUGAAGCCGCAGAAUGAAGUUCACAUUGAGUGAACUACAGGACUUCAGCUUAUUACAGUUGCACAUUCCUGUCACUUCUUUCAUCCAAACUUUAGCUUGAGUUUUUUGUUUGUAAGGGUUGGCUUAGUGAGUCACUUGGCUUGAAAUGGGUUGAAUGGGUAUGCUAGAGCACAUUUGUUUGUUCUUUUUAAAGACAAUUUUUUAGGGCCUUAUUGCCUUAAUUGCCUUUAUUAGAGAAGCUGGAGAGGGGGGGGGUAGUUACGCAGCAAAGGACUAUGGGACAUAAUUGAACCCAGGACGGGACAAAUGCUCUACCAGAUGAGAUAGAAAUGACCUCCAUGUUAGUUAGUUUGCUGUAUUGGGACAUGUCUAACUUCUUUCAGCCAGCUGAGAACCUCUGGAUGUUUUACAGUAUCAAGCUGACUCAGGAUGUCUGAGGGGCAGGGGUGAAAAAAUAAAUAAACACAGCUCCAGUUGCAUCCAAGUUUACUGGCAUGCAGGGCAGCCUUCCCUCAGUGUAUAUAACAAACACAGUCCUGAAAACUGAUCUUUUAGACGUUUUAAUUGAAGAAUAAGGAAGUUUGAUCAAAUCAUUGUGCAUCAAACCAGGCUUCAGGCUUAGUUUAAACCUGCUCUGUAUCUUUGUCAUUCAAACUUUACAGAAAGGAAGCCUGGUUUGAGCCAAACACAGCAAAUGAAUAGAACUCAACCUUUAAAAUGAUCCCAUGUAUCACAUGGCAUUGUGCAUUUCUUUGAGGAGUCGGUGACUCAUUCAUUCAGAUUGCACACCCAUUCCAGUGGGAGAGAGACAUAGAGAGAGAGCGAGAGAGGGGGAGGAACAACCACCUACCAAGUGCCAAACUUGAGGCCAACCUCUCUCCUCCCAUCUCAUUCUUUCCUAUAUGGGCAACCUCAGAUGUAUUUGCAGACAGUGCAGUAACAGACCGAACCGUGCUGGAGAACUAAGAGGGGGAACUCUGAUCACAAAGUAACGAAAAGGCGAUUAACAGAGAAGUCUACGAAAGUAUUCGGAGCAGAGAUUCAUCUUCUUCUGACCGGCACUAAAAAGGAAAGAUAGAAGUAAAAUGGCAACACCCAAAAACACCCCCCGAGGUGCCAACUCACCGCUGUCCCCCAACCGCAUCACCCGGCUUCAGGAGAAGGACGACCUGUGCAACCUCAAUGACCGGCUGGCCGCCUACAUCGACAAGGUGCGCUUUCUGGAGACCGAGAACGCCGGCCUGCGUGUGCGCAUCACCGAGUCGGAGACCGAGAUUAGCCGGGAGCUGUCGGGCCUGAAGGCCGCCUACGAGGCCGAGCUGGCCGACGCCCGCAAGACUCUGGACUCUGUGGCCAAAGAGCGAGCGCGCCUGCAGCUGGAGCUGGGCAAGAUGCGGGAGGACUACAAGGAGCUGAAGGCAAGGAACACCAAAAAGGAGUCCGAUUUGGUCGCAGCGUUGCAGAGGCUCAAAGACUUGGAGGCUCUGCUGAACUCCAAGGACGCGUCUUUGACAACGGCUCUGGGAGAGAAACGAGGCCUCGAGGUGGAAAACAGGGACCUGAAGGCGCAGGUUGCCAAGCUGGACACCAGUUUGGCCGAUGCCAAGAAGCAGUUGCAGGAUGAGAUGCUGAGGAGGGUGGAUGGAGAGAAUCGCAUCCAGACCCUCAAGGAGGAGCUGGAGUUUUCGAGGAACCUUCACUCUGAGGAACUGCGGGAGACAAAGCGGCGCCAUGAGUCUCGCAUGGUUGAGGUGGACAAUGGCCACCUGCAUGAUUUUGAAAGCAAGUUGUCCGAGGCGCUGAUGGAGAUGCGCAGCCAGCACGAACUGCAGAUCAAAAUGUACAAAGAUGAGAUCGAGAAGACCUACAAUUCCAAGCUGGAAAAUGCUCGUCAGUCAGCGGACCGGAGCAGCCACCUGGUUGGGGCAGCACACGAGGAGCUCCAGCAGACCCGGAUCCGCCUGGAGUCCAUGUCCAGUCAGAUCAGCCAGCUGCAGAAACAGCUGGCGGCUCGCGAGGCGAAGCUAAGGGACCUGGAGGACGCCCUGUCUCGAGAGCGGGACACCACCCGCCGCCUGCUGGGGGAGAAAGACAGAGAGAUGGCCGAGAUGAGACAGCAAAUGCAGCAGCAGCUGGAUGAGUACCAGGAGCUCCUGGACGUCAAGCUGGCUCUGGAUAUGGAGAUAUGUGCGUACAGGAAGCUGCUGGAGGGAGAGGAGCAAAGGCUGCGUCUCUCCCCCAGCCCCCCACCCGCCAAAAUGACAGGGAGUCGCUCCUCUACCUCAGGAGGUACCUCUCGCUCGGUGCACUACAGCGCUCAGAGCUCUCCUGCCAAGAGGUGUCGCCCCAACGACACCGACAGCGAGGCCUCGAGCAUCGCUGGUGGAACCGUUGCUCGCACUCGCAUCGCCCAACAGGCCUCAGCCAGCGGGCGGGUCACUGUGGACGAGGUGGACCUGGACGGGAAAUAUGUCAAACUCGGCAACAAAUCAGAUGAGGAUCAGAAUUUGGGGAACUGGCAGGUGAAGCGGCAGGUGGGGUCCGGUGCUCCGAUCAUCUUCAAGUUCCCGGUAAAAUUCACUCUUAAGGCCGGCCAGAGGGUCACGAUCUGGUCCUCUGGUGCUGGCGGAACCCACAAUCCUCCCUCUGACCUGGUGUGGAAGACUCAGCCCUCCUGGGGCACCGGAGACCUGUUCCAGACCACCCUGAUCAGCGCCAACGGAGAGGAAAUGGCAAUGAGGAAGGUCACCCGCACGCAGUUUGAAGAAGAUGAUGACGACAUGCAGGUGGCUCACAGCACCUGUGGAGACAGCGAGUACAACCUGCGGAGCCGGACAGUGGUCUGCGGCUCCUGCGGACUUCCUUCAGACAAAUCCGGCGGCAGCUGCUCUGUAAACUCGGCCUCCCGUUCCUUCCGCAGCGGAGGGAUCUCCGAGGGUCUACUGCCGCACUCCUACGUGUUCAGCGCCAGCACCCCUCGCAAGACUGGAGCCAGAAUGGAGAACUGUCCAAUUAUGUGAGCCACCUGGAUCCACGAUGAAACACUUCAACUCUAUUAGUUUUCAGUUAUUACUUAUUUAGUUGUUGUAGUUAUUAAGUUUAGUUGAUGUACUUUGGAAUCAUUUUCAAUUAUUCUAUGCAAUAAAUCUUUAUACUGCUUUUUUUAUAAUGUACAUAUGGCAUGCUUAUGAAAUAUUUCCUUGAAUAUGAAAGAUGAUGAAAACAGUACAGUGGCAGAUAAAACCAUCACUGUCUUAUGCUAGUCAUAUCAUAGUUGAAUCAGAUUUACACUCUGUGAACAUGCAGCAGGGUUGCAGUAAAUUAAUUUGUGUUGACUUAUUUAGAUUUUUAGAAAAUAGAAUUAGCUUCUGUAGUUAAAGUAAACUUAACUUUAACUCCCUUCAGAAUGUUGUGUGUUGUUUUGCUGAUAUCAAUAAACAUGU